AUCCUCCCCCCUUCCCUUCUCCUCCUCUCCCUUGGAGAGCCCGGGCAGCCACUGCCCCGCAGCCCCAGUGACAGGAGGAGACCGUACCCCCCGACAGCGCCAUGGCCCAGAUUCUGCCAAUUCGUUUUCAGGAGCAUCUCCAGCUCCAGAACCUGGGUAUUAACCCAGCAAACAUUGGCUUUAGUACCCUGACUAUGGAGUCAGACAAAUUCAUCUGCAUUAGAGAAAAAGUAGGAGAGCAGGCCCAGGUGGUGAUCAUUGAUAUGAAUGACCCAAGUAAUCCCAUUCGAAGACCAAUUUCAGCAGACAGUGCCAUCAUGAAUCCAGCUAGCAAAGUAAUUGCACUGAAAGGUAUAAAAGAUUAUGGGACUAUAACUCUCACAAUUUUCAAGUCUGCUUGUGGUUUAUAUACUGUGUGGGAUGGGAAUAACAUUCCUUGUUUGAUGGAAGAAGUUUUUGACCAUGUGCAAAAUCGUGUGGUGGGAGCUAUGCAGCUAUAUUCUGUAGAUAGGAAAGUGUCUCAGCCCAUCGAAGGACAUGCAGCUAGUUUUGCCCAGUUUAAGAUGGAAGGAAAUGCGGAAGAAUCAACGUUAUUUUGUUUUGCAGUACGGGGUCAAGCUGGAGGAAAG